AUGCCGGUCACAAAUUUGGUGAGGAUCAUGCGAAAGGUGCUUCCCCCGCAAGCGAAAGUUGCUGAACAAGCCAAGGAAACAAUGCAAGUGUGUGUAUCCGAGUUCAUAGGUUUCAUCACCAGCGAGGCCAAUGAGCGCUGCCAGAAGGAGCACCGUAGGAUCGUUACGGCCGAAGACAUAUUGUGGGCCAUGGACACGCUGGGCUUCGACAACUAUGUUGGGCCUCUUGUUUCCUUCCUCAAACGUUAUCGUCAAAGUGAGGUUCCAAAUCUUGGGGGGCGUGGUCGUGUUCCUUUGCCGCAAGUUGUUGGAACUUAUCCUAUUAUAUCCUCAUCAUCAUCACCAUCACCAUCACCAUCACCAUCAUUGUUAUCACCGCAAUACAUGAUGGCUUGUUAUGGACCAAAUUUCCCUCCAAGCCAAAAUUGGUGUCAAGGAAUGUUUGAUUCAAGUGGCAUGUGUGAGUUUUAUGAUGAUGCAUCAGGUGGCAGUGGUAAUGUGGUGUCUGAUUUUGAUCCUCUUAAUAUUCACAAACGAGCAUGA